GCAACAAACUCUGUAAUCACUGUCACUCUAUCGACCAUCUGAUCCUGACUGAAACUUCAAUUUUGAAGGGCUGCCUUCGUUCGCUAAAGAGUCCAGGGACGGCAACUCUUUAAUUUGGAUUUCGAAAGAAGGUUUUGCUAUUGUUCCUUUGGCUAGUGUUCGUUAGUGAUAGCAUGAGGUGAUAUCAAGCUGGACAUCAUUGAUGAGGAACUAGCAUGGACGAGGAUCAGGAGAACCAGGGGAACGAGCUGCUAGCACUCGGCAGUAUCUUUGAAGAUGAGGAAACUUUUAUGGCUCACGAGGACAAGUCUGGAGGUAGCUUCUAUGCUGAUGUAGAGCUUCCGUCUAUCUUUGAAAUUAAACUUGGUGGACAAAUGUUACAGCAAGCGAGAACAUUAGGAGCAUUGAUCCACGGUGAAGAUGAUGAAGAGAACCCGGCAAGGUUCAUGCCAGUUAAUUGGCUUCCACCGAUAGAACUCAACUUCAAGUAUCCCAGGGACUAUCCUUCCAAGACUGCUCCUACCUUUACACUCUCCUGCAAGUGGCUCUCUGUAAAGCAGCUGAAUAGAUUAUGUGAAAAGCUUGAUGAAAUAUGGACAGAAAAUGAAGGUGAAGUUGUGGUGUUCUCUUGGGCCGAGUUCCUUAAGAACGCGACUUUCCCCUUCCUCAAACUCAGCUCACCAUUAACCUUGGAUACUUCUGAUCUUCCCCGUACUCUAAGGAUGAGGUCCACCCAACCGGGACCUGGAGGCGACGAUGGCGGGAACCAUCAAGGGGCUACGGGAGGCGUUGCUAGGUCGGAUGCGGGCGUGGCCCAUGACAGAGCGGUGCAGGACAUCGCAGCGUUGCCAAACCUCAUCCCAACAAUCGUGCAGUACGACCAUGAGCGGAGAGAGCAUGCAUUCAACACGUCUCCCAAUUCCUGUGAAGUGUGCUAUGAGGAGAAGUUUGGGACGGACUGUGUCAAGUUUAGCCCCUGUGGACAUGUUUACUGCAAGGGGUGUAUGAAAGAACAUUUUAGGACAAAGAUCAAGGAUGGUGAUGUUAAAGGAUUGGCAUGUCCAGAGACAAAUUGUGAGACAAUGGCUCAGCCAGGACAGGUGAGGGAGCUUGUUGAGCCUGAAUUGUUUGAGAAAUACGACAAGGCCUUGCUAGAUCUUUCAUUGAGUGAGAUGGGAGAUAUAGUCUACUGCCCUCGUGUGAUUUGCCAGACCCCCGUUGUGAGGGAAGGGAAUAUGGGACAAUGUGCUGCUUGUAGACUAGCUUUCUGUAUCCUCUGCAAAAACACGUACCAUGGAUUAGCACCGUGCAAGGUUACAAGUGAGCGAUAUAAGGAGAUCAUGGAUGACUACGACAACGCCACUGAUGACGAGAGAGCUCUAAUGGAACAGCGGUAUGGCAAGCACACCCUACGUCAGGUCAUUGAAAACUGCAAUAGUGAGGCAUGGAUCAAUAAACACAGCAAGAAAUGUCCAAAUUGCCAGCGACCUAUACAGAAAUCUGAUGGUUGUAACAAAAUGACCUGCAGGAAAUGUCGCUGUUACUUCUGCUGGCUGUGCCAUGCGAUUCUACCAAGAUCGGACCCUUACAGCCAUUAUAGGAACACAGGAAGCUGUGCCAAUCGUCUGUUUCAAGGCAUGGAUGGAGAGGAGGAUGAAGAGGGUGAUGAUGUUCCAGUGGAUGUUGUGAACAUUGAAAAUUGGUGGGAAUUUGUUUGAUAGAUUGAAUCAUAUGCUACAGUCCCACUCUCCAGACUGACAUAAGCUUAAAGUUCUUUACCAACGACACACCAUCGAUCGCAUUGGGAUUCAUUUCUUUAAUGGGACUGUUGCGUAAGUCAAUUGAGCCAGCCAAUGAGAAGAAAUUUAGGACAAAUACGAUGGCUGCAUAUACUUCAUCAAAAGCCUAUUUCAUCCCAUUUCGUUUUCGAAAUAAUGCAUCUACAAGCCAAAGAUGUUGUGUGAGAUGGACAAUGUGAGGGUUGAGCAAUGUUCUCUGUUCUAACGUGAUUGCAAUCUUACAAUUUUUUUAUAACAGUAUUUAUGUGUAUAUGUGAUAUAUAAUGCUUUUAUGAUGAAAGUAUGGGAUUGAGUAAGGUAAGGUAUUUCAUAUGUGACAGUAAGUACUUAUUUUAAGAAAGAUUUAAAAUGUGUAUGAUCUCUUGCAAUAUUGGCCACCUGGAAUAGUACCUGUAGAGUUUUAAAGGGGAAGUUUACCUGAUAAAUUGGUUUUGAUAAAAGCAGAAAAAAAAAAAAAGGAUUUGAGGGAAAUGAGCCAAAUAUUUAAUAUUGAUAUAAUUUUGCGAUGUAUUUUCCCCCUUCCAAAAAUCUUUGGAUAUAACUUUUGUGCUAAUAUUAAGAGAAAGCUAUUAUUAUUAUUAUGUUUUUUAAUAUGUUUCUCCUACAGCACAAUACAGCAUGAAAUGGGGAAUUAUUAAUUUAUUUUGUUUACUUUUCUUUUAUCAGCUUUUGCAUUGUCAUGUAUGUAGUAUACAUGUACAUGUACCGGUAUAUUGUAAUAUGUAUAGUAUUCAUAUUGCACAGUAGGUUAGCACUGGUAGAACUUGUUUCUUAGAUGGCAUCAGGAAAUAAUAUACUGUAUCACAUUGAAAAAGAGUGUGUAUACAGCAAGUGUUAAAAUAGCAUUUCCUCGUCAUUCAGGAGUAUGUAGCACUGAAAAAUCAAUGACACAAAACUUGAAAGUACUGUACUAAUAUUAGAGAAAGUAAUUCUUCAAAGAAUGGUGAGCACCGGAAUUGGUAGACUAGCUUAGCCGGGGUAAUAUUGGAGCGCCUUGACCACCUAAAAAGGUGGAUAUAUGUGCAUUAUACAAAUUCCCUAUGUUAUUAUAUUGUUACCGGUACAUGUAUAUUUAGAAAUCUUUUGCAUUUGAUUAUCUUUUUAUAACAUACAUUACUAUUUUUAUAAUCUGCUGUGAUUCCCUUUUUUAACCCAAAUGAAUGAAGCCUGAAAAAAUGAGUCUUUCAUUAUAAUUUACAUCCAGGCAUAGCUACGGCAAUGUUAAAUGAUCUGUUAGGUUCGGAGAGUACCUUUUUUUUAUGAAAUCACGGCAGAUUAUUCUUAAUGGCAGUACUUUGGCAAACUUGGAAUUAUUUUUAAAAGAGAAAAUAGUUUUAUUCAAGAAGUACAUGUAAAAAGCAAUAUGUUACAUAUGACAUAGUAUAUUAAGCGUGUUAUAGAACCAUGAAGACAAUGUUCCCACUUCAUAGUAUUUUUUAAUAUUUUGUUUUUAUCAAUAUUGUUAUUCAAAUACAUGUUUUAUCAUAAUGAUAUUGCACAUGAGUAAUGCUUGACAACUUACUCUCCAAAAAUUGGAGAAAAAAUACGACAAGCUUCAUGAAUUGUUAAUGUCCAUCUCAUCUCUGUUUGAAGUUCAAAAAGACAAAUUUGUUUAUAUUUGUGAAAUUUUGUAGAGAAAUCUGUGCCUUUUUGUUCACAAAUUCUUUGCUGUAUAAUCUGAAUGUUUUGAUGUUUUUCCCAUGUCCUCGGAUAUGCUUACUCCUCAAAAUGUGGAGAUGAUCAACUAUCCAUACCUAGUCAUCUGGUCAAAGGUCAGAGCAGCAUAUUUCCUGUAGGAAUCAUGCAAGUAGCUUUCCAUUACACAUCAUCACAGACACCAUAGACAAAACAAUGGAGACGACUUGAAAGCUGCGAUGAAAAGACGCAAAGCAUCCUUAUACCUAGGAUUUCUAGUAUAGUGACACGACAUUUGCUCUUAUGACAGUUUUCUCCGAGCCUUAAUUUCGUCUAAUAUGUAGGGUUAGGUUUGCAAUAGGGCAAUUCAGUAAAAUAACCUUUUUGUACAUUCGACCCCCCCCCCCCCCAUUUUUUUCAAGUUUUUCUUUACUUCAAAAACUGACCAAGUCAUGGUCAUUUGAGAGCAUUACAGACUGUCAAAAGAACCAGAAAUCAGAGACAGUAAAUUUCAUGAAGGUCCCACAUAUAUGGGGUCGGACAUAGAUAUUUUUGGACUUGCACUGCAGGGUUUUAUGUUAGGUUUAGGAUAGGGUAUAGUGUCAAACCCAGGGUUGAAUUGGUCAUUUGAUUAGUGGGUGGAAUAGAGUGGAGCAAUGGUCGCCGGAGCAAAUGUCAUGGAACCUCCGAGUAAAUGCAGCACAGACUUUUGAUAACUUGCCUUAACUGCAUGUAGGUGUGCUAUACCAUUGUGUGAUUUCAAGUUUAGUGUUGACCUUUUGGUGUUUGUGUUGGGUCAAUUUUUACAGGAGUACAACACCAAACAUAAAAUGAACAUGGUCCUGAAAAGUCACUCACUAGUUGUUGAGGUGUCAAUAAUGUGAUCUGGAUCAGUUUUACAGACUCUGAAUAGGUUUUCGAGCUAGGGGAAGCAAUCCAAAUUUUAACACCAACACCAAGGCCAACACCGGACUUGAAAUCACCCAUUGUCUAUAUUAGAUGACAAUGGGUAGCCAAGUGUUGCACAAUUCUCUUAAACAGUAGAUGUUCACUUUAGCAGUAUUUACAAGUACCCACUGUUCUCGUCACCAUUGACCCAUGGUAUGCUACACAUAUUUUAUUAGGUCUAGAUUAAUGAUUUGUGUUUGCUCCUCAAAUUGGCAACUCAAAAUUGGCAACAACCAUGUUUCUUUGACAAACUUAAUUGAUAUACUCUGUAAUAUGAGCCAGAUGUAUCAUGAUAGAAACGUAAUGACAAAUUGCCAAUUUGCAUUUUCCAAAAGUGAUUUUUAUUGUUUGUUCAUCACAUUGCCAAUUUAGAGUAUGUAAUGAUUAACACAAGUGAUUGGCAGUGGGUGACCAUUGCUCUGUGGAAUGUGCUCACAACCAAACGCCCCAACAUCUGUUGUUGAGACUUAGUAACCUUUUUUGACAGGGUAUUCAUUUUUUGUGAUUAAGCAACUUAACAACUUAUUGGAGAAAAGGAGAUUUUGGGAGCACCUUAUGAGACAAAUAGUGAUUUUCACUAACUAUGUGUUUUAAGCUACUGAAAUCCUGCAUCUGAUUGGCUCAGUGUGAUGUAGUCAGCGAAAAUCUUUUGUUCUGUUUCAUGAAAUGCAUGGCCUCACUUUUAGUCAUAUUUCAGUGUGUGUUUCUUAUGACUAUGUCACACAUGUUAGUUGUAUCAUUUCUUAGGAAAUUCAUCGCCAAAGCAAGUUGUCUAGGACUCAAAGAUUGUAUUGCAUGUCAUAAAACCUUUGUAUUGCUUAUCAAUAGCAAGAAGGAACUUAGCUCAUGUAAAGGUAGAAGUUUGUUUCCAUCAAUUACAUUCAAAGGAAUCAUGUGUCUUAAUUUUGUUUUGCAUUGUUAAUAUGGGGGGGGGGGGGGUGUUGGAACUGAAAAUAUGCAAAUGAGUAUUCAUCUCCUUUGGUUAAAAAAAAAAAACACAAUUUGCUAAUGUAGUGCCUUUUUAAGUUUACUAUUUUCUUAUUUAACUGUCUCUUUAUUUGAUUAUUUGAGCUGUUCCUUUAUUUGAUAGUAACCUUCAGGAAGAAAAUAUUAAUGAUUUUUUCUUUGUUUACAACUCCUUAUGAUGUUCAUAUAUUAUUAUUAUUUAAAAUGUUUAUCACUUUUGUGAAUAAGAGCUUCAGAUAUUAUGAUGGAAAUAAUAUAUCAAUGAUUAUAUACAA